AAAUUGCUUAAAAUUGACUUAAAUCACAGUACAACUUAAAAAAUCUAGAAAAAAAUCUAGAAAAAAAUCUCAGAAGCACAUUUUGAGUCUACAACAAAACAAACACUGAAUAAAAAAUAUUUAAUUGAAAAAAGAAAAAAAUCUUUUCAAAUACUAAAAGUCACAGCACAUCAUCAAAAAUUUUGCAAAAUUUGAGAGCGAAAGCAAAAAAUGCUCGCCAAGCAUUUGCUGAAAGUGAGUAAGGCGCUGCGUGGCGCGACGCUACGCAACGCCAGUAAGGCGCCAAGCACACCCUUCGCCGGUGGUGGCUUACGCAGCACCAUGAAUGACCUGCCGCAGCCGGAGGGCGAUUGGCAGGAGCACUACAAUCGUAGAAAUCUGAAGAAUACGGCUGUGCUCUCCGUUGGCAUUAUCACCUUGAUUUCAUCAAUAUAUAUGCAUUUCACGGAUGAGGCCAUCAACUGGAACUACACGGUGCCUCUGUAUGAUAGAUGUCUUUGAAGUGGUUUGAAGUGUGCAAAUGACUUAAUUAUUAAAUGAUAAAUCAAAGAUUUUUAAUA